AUGGAGAAACGACGUGAUGGCAGCGAGUUCGACUUUUUCCCGGUCUCUGCGGAUGCGGUCAAGUGGACGCGAUACAACACCCAGCAACUUGCGCGCCACCCAACGAACAGUUCGCAUAACCCCCCGUACUUCCCCGCCGGGGGCCACGUGCACGGCACUCCAAGCCCGGGGGAGCGGCGGAAGAUUGAAUGCGCGCUCUCCGCGCAUCCCCCCAAUCUUCCGACUUUUCAGUGGGCGGGUCCCGGUCGCGGACCGCCGAGGUCUGAUCCGGAAAUAUGCGACGCCGGUCUGGAAGAUUGGGCGACGACUGGGCACGGCCGAUCCACUGCCUUCCUCACACUGUCCUACCUUCCCUUCUCUCCGACCUCUCUUCCUCAAUACUUCCUUACUCUCGUCCUAUGUCAAACAGCCCCUUCGGCAUUGACUAGUAACCUUCUCGCAACGCGCACCAUCAAUCGACACCAAACGCACUUGUCGGCUUUAAUGCUCCUCGGUGAUAGCACUGCACGUCUCUGUCUGCCCCUUGCUCGCCGGGCCAUCACGUCUACCGCCACGACUCGCGACUACCGCUCUCAUCUCACCAUCAUCAGCGUCGACGCCACAUUCAUCUUCUGCGCCUCGAUCCGCUUGACGACGUUCGGUUUGGAGCGGGCCGCCGUACGGCCUCCGACGACGGCAGGGCUGCAUGCCGUCUCUGUAGAGGAACAACAGGACGGUCUCAUUGGCGUACCCAUCUCGGUGAGUCUGCGCUUUUUCUCACCGCCAGCUGCACCCGUACUCAACGAAGGCGUAGAUCGCGAUGUUACCCUAAAGCCCCGCCCCCUUUUCCUCGCUGCCGACGCGACUUGGAAGACGUGCGAACGUUGUCAGGUCGGUGAGCUAAUUCCCCUCCGUUGCGUCUCGUGGAUCACCUCAGCGCAGGCGAUGAGCGCAGCAUUCGGCACGCCGUUGCCCGCCCCCUCCUUCCUCUACGUCGGCGUCUGGGAUAUCCCCGACUGUCGUCGUCACCACGCGCAACGAUCCAGGACACCUCCCCUCUCCGUCUAG